CACGCUCCUAAGGCUACUCGUUUGUAAUCUCCUUAUUUGUGUAUACGUCCAGCAAUAUCAAUGGACAACCUCACACCCUCCGACCUAUUCUCGCCCUCAAAGGCACGCCAACAACGCGCCCAAGCCCAAGACUGGGCACACAUAGACUCAUGGCUGUCCUACAAGUAUGCCGGCCGCACAGUUCCCACUUUCGAGCGCAACGAAGAGACGCUGAAAGUGCUGCGCGAGCUAUCUAUGGCGAAUGAGCGAGCCGACGAGGAGCGUGCAGUGAUAGAACGAGUAGAAAGGGAGGCACUAAAAGAAUUGAAUGAGAUCCCCACCAACGCAGACGACAACCGCAUUCUCGACCAGCUGAAAGCCUCCCUUACGCCUGAAGGCAACCAAGCCCUCGACGCUCUCGCAUCCACAGCCGUCCACCUCAACACCCCAACCGCAAACCCCGAGUUUCUUGCCCACACACUCAUCCACCACACCACCACGGCGCAGAACCUCGCGAACCAACUCGCCCACAUCCAUACCCUCCAGCAAUACCUCGAUAAACAACAAUCUCUCCUGCAAGCCCAGCUCCAAGAAUUUCGCACAAACCCUUCCUUCUCCGCUCCUUCGUCCCUCCAACGCCAGACUACAGAUCAGACGCGUCAGAUCAAGCAUCUCCGCACAAAGACCCGCGAGUGCGAGGACAAGCUGGCGGCGCUGCAGGUGCGUACCAUGACGCCGAGCUCUAAGCACGUCGGGUCUGCCGAGGCGAUUGGGGAGAUGUUGGAGCAGCAGCAGGCGUUAGAUGGGUUGCGGGAGAGGGUUGAGGGCGUGGAGAGGGAGGUCAACGCAUUUAUGGGACUGCCGGCGGAUAGGGAGGCGGCGAGAAAGGAAGUAGGGAGGUUGGAGGUAAGGCUUGAUGAAGUGAGGAGGAAGCGUGAUGGGCUUUUUGAGGGGCUUGUAGGGAAGUAAGGACUGGGAGCGUUAUCUGCAUUGUCAAUCAUGACAUGUCCGUGUUCACAUAUAGCGAAGGUAUAGAAGCACAGCGAGCAUAGCGGGCAUUACAUCAUUUCAAGAUUCUUAUUAAAAUCCAUCACCCAAAGCAUAGAUGUCCCACAACCCCUCUCCACACAACAUCACGUCCACUUUCGCAGACACGACACCGCAUGCGCCCCUCGCCAUACCGUCCUCACCCGACCUCCAUCCGACAGGGAACCCGCCAGACAGAGCGGCUCGAGUACGAACUCGGGGCAAACAAGAAAGAGAGAGAGGUAGUGCACGCACCGCACAGCAAUCCAGACAUACUCGCCCGUUCGCUC